AUGCGUGGUCAAGAGCCCAAAAUCCUUAAUCUUUUCAAAACGCUUUUCAUUGCAUUAGCUAUAAUGGCAGCCGUAGAAUGGUUUAAAUACGGUACAAUGAUCAACUAUGAAUGGUUCCAUUGUUCGCCAGAACAAGAGUCUAUUGGAGGUCCUGAUAGUUCUGUACUUAAACUAUGGGCCCGUGGUGGUCCAAGUUGUGACAAAAGAGGGGAAUAUAAGACAAUUUUGAAGAGAAUUUCAAGAGAUUUCGAACCUAAUGAUGAGCAUCUUUCGUUUUGUAUCAUUGAAAAUGAAAAAUUACCACAUGUGCAUUAUCCAGUUCAUGAGGAUAAAGGUGAACCUGGUUAUUCGGCAUACGUAGGUUAUAACCGCGAUAGUGAAUUGGUUCAAAAAAUGUGCGGUGAACAUACUAUCUACAAUUUUUAG